AUGGCUAUGGGGGCGAAAGAACUUCAGCUACAGCAGACGACAGAUUCACACCACAACACUUCUUUAACAACAAUGGCAGAGGCAGGGGAAGUGCAUUACUGCCGUGCUCUGAGCGAGCUAUCGCGACUAUUGCAUACGCCAGCACCAAUGACGGACGAGAUCAUCGAUGCGAUCUUAACUCUCUUCUAUCUCAUGGUUUCUUACGAAGCACAAUUUGGUAAUAAUAACGUCGCUACGUCAAUACACCUUCAAGGAUUGGUUUCAUUUUUUCGUAGUUCCCAACAGCUGUCUGGACGGAAUGGAGAUCAAUUAUCAAUUGACAGUCUUCCUCCGCUAUCGCAGCACUUGUUGCUUCUCACUCUUGCUUGCAAUUUGGCGAUCGUACCAGACAGCCAAGAUGCCAAGGCUUCAUUCGAUUAUUUUAUCGACAGCGGAAACCCUGGCAUGUUCUACGACCAGCUUUUCCAAGCAGCGCACCAUACCUUACCCCGUGUCUGGGAUACUCGGUACCCAGCCGACGAGCUUCUUGAUGACCUUGAGAAUCUCCGGGCUCUGGACCUCAUUCAUGAGUGCAACAAGCUUCGUUUCAAAGUGGAAAUUCUGGAUCAGAGCUCACAAGAUCUGUCCCUGAACAUCUCCCAUAUAGCAGGCAUACGUGAAGAAUUACGUCGGACGAGGGAGAAAUUCGAAGAUCUCCUGCGAUUAGCGAAAGUCGCACAAGUACCCGGCACUGCAUUGCGCCGUGUAGUGCGUACAACACUAAUUGCUGCUACUGAUUUAUAUGGAAUGGAGAUAUUCUGUCACCGGGUAGUCUGCCUCCAAUCACCAGAGCAUGGCUGCCACCAGUCUUCUCUAAAUGAUCUCAUGGAGACUGCCAAAAAGGCGUUGGAUAUUGAUAUGCGGCUUUUAGGACGCAUAUGUUGGCCCAUGCUUAUGGCAAGUAUGGAAACGAAAGACAUGGCUCAACAGGCCUGGAUCUGUAAAAUAUUUGAAGAGAUGAACGCCAAGCACGGAAGUCUUUGGGGUAUUGAGAGGCGCUUAAACAUGGCAUAA